CACUCCCACCAGUCCUUGACAAACUCUCUUUCACAAGCUAAGCUACAAAUGUCUCUGAAUCUUUGCCCAAUCAUACUCUUCUUCUUCUUCUUCAUCCUCACCAUCUCUAGGGUUCGAGCCAUAGGCAUCAACUGGGGCAACACCGCCUCGCACCCUCUCCCACCGCCCAAGGUGGUGGAGCUCUUGAAGUCCAACAACAUCACCAAAGUCAAGCUCUUUGAUGCUGACCCACUUGUUCUUCCAGCGCUUUCUGGGUCCAAUAUUGGUGUCACUGUGGGCAUUCCAAAUUCUAUGCUCAGAAGCUUUAACUCUUCCAAGAAGGCUGCAGAGAGUUGGGUACACGAUAAUGUCACUCGCUACUUCUCUAAUGGAGGCAGUGGAGUUCGAAUUGAGUAUGUUGCUGUUGGAGAUGAGCCAUUUCUCCAACAUUAUGGUGAACAGUUCCAUCCCUUUGUCAUUGGAGCAGCCACAAACAUCCAGGCAGCUUUGAUCAAAGCAAACUUGGAAGGCAAGGUGAGGGUUGUGGUCCCUUGCAGUUUUGAUGCCUUCCUGUCAGAAUCCAACCUGCCCUCAAAGGGACACUUCAGGUCUGACCUCAACAAAACCAUGAUCCAGCUCCUCACAUUUCUCAGUAAACAUGGCUCACCAUUCUUUGUGACCAUCUCUCCAUUUGUAACUAUCCACCAAAACAAGAACGUUUCCCUUGCCUUUUCUCUGUUCAAAGAAACUGCUCACCCUCAUAAUGACAGCCACAAGACAUACAAAAAUAGCUUUGACUUAAGCUAUGAUACUCUUGUUAAUGCAUUAUCGAUUGUAGGAUUUCCCAAAAUAGAUAUUGUUGUGGCACAGAUUGGUUGGCCUACAGAUGGAGCAACAAACGCAACCCCAUCCAUUGCAGAGACAUUCAUGAAAGGCCUGAUAAAUCAUCUUCAUAGAAAAUUGGGUACCCCACUUAGACCUCAGGAUCCACCGAUUGAAACAUACAUAUAUAGCCUGUUAGAUGAGGACCAAAGAAGCAUAACCACUGGAAAUUUUGAGAGACACUGGGGAGUGUUUACUUUUGAUGGCCAAGCCAAGUAUCAGGUUGAUUUUGGUCAGGGUUCAAAAAACCUAGUGAAUGCACAAAAUGUGGAGUAUCUUCCAUCCAAGUGGUGUGUUGUGAACAAUAACAGAGACUUGUCUAAUGCAAGUGCAAGAGCUUCAGAGGCAUGUUCUGUUGCUGAUUGCACUGCACUCUCUCCUGGUGGGUCUUGUUUCAAUAUCAGCUGGCCUGGGAAUAUAUCAUAUGCGUUUAAUAGCUACUAUCAGCAGCAUGAUCAAAGGACAGACAGCUGUGACUUUGGAGGUUUGGGUUUAAUCACAACUGUUGAUCCAUCAGUGGGAAAUUGCAGAUUUUCAGUAGAACUUCACACUUCUCAAUCAGAUUCACUUCAUCGGGCCUGUUAUUUCCAGUGGACAACCUUGCUAACAACCAUUUUAGUAUGUUUGCUCAGGUUUACAUUGUAGGUAUCUAUAUGUGAGGGGAAUUUUUGUAGCUCUUUUAUCUCCUCAGGUAUAUUGUUGUGGUUAUGAUCACAAGGUUAGGUUUUGUUUGUAAGUUUUCUUUCUAUGACUCAUGGUCCAUUCUUGUUUCAUGCAUGUUCAUCUUAAACUUUCGUGAUUGAGUGUGAUUGAAACUUGAAAGAUUGUUCCUAGUUGAAAUGAAAUGUCUAUUCAAAUCUGCAUCGUGGUCUAUGAUGGUUGACAUUAGACAUGAAUCCUUUUCAUCCUUUAUGAACUGUUUGGCUGAGAAGAUGAAAUAAGGAGGACAGCAAAAUGGGAUCAUUUCAUUGGUGGGGCAUU